AUGUCACCUAACAACAACAUACAAAUUAAAUUAAGCUCGUGUCCUGUUGUGUGGGUAUUCGAGAUUUUAACAAUGACUGACGAGAGAACUGCGAUUCAGCGAUGUGAAGAUCUUAUGUCUCGAUGGAAAGCUGAACGCAAUUCGCCAACUUUUAAUCCUAUCCCUUUUUUAAAUAACUUUUCAGAAUUGCUCGAAGAACAGAUCAACUUGUUUUUCAGCACUGAUCCAGACCCCUUUGAUGAUCGCCAUCCAUUAAGAACAGAUUCCAGUUGUGAUCUAGGUCAAAUAUUACGUCUUCUGUCAACUCAUGAAUCGUUUUUGGAGCGUUUAACAUAUGUUUAUUUGGUGGGUUCUAGUGAUCCAUCGAAUGAACUUGUAAUUGCUGCAUCACGAUUACUAUGUGCUAUGAGAUUGGGUGUGACUCUGUCGUAUACUCUAGAUGAAGAAGAUGUAACAAUCAGUACAUUGUACAAGUUAGCAUUAAGCGAAGUAGAACCAACCAAUUGUUAUGCCUUAUUUCUUCUUGGUUCUGUUCUUGAUAAUACAGAAUUAUUGUAUAUUACUCGACAUAAGAAUAUACAAUUGAUUCCGAUUGUGCUAAAUCGUCUACGCAAUUAUACAGCUGAGUUGAAAAGUGAAUUAGCUUCAGCUACUCCUUCUACGCACGAAGUUGGCAUGACAAAUCUUUUGGGAAGUUUUGUUUUAAAUCCUCUCAAAACAGAAAUGAAAAUUCGACUUUCAAUUGCCUAUUUGAUUCCAUUGGCAGAAUAUCAAGAUCUGAUGCCGUUCAUGUACAAUGGAGGCAUGUUAGACCUCAUUUACACCUAUCUUAUGCCAGAAGUUGCCUUUCGUGAUAUUCGUCUUACAUUUGAAUCACUACGUUUAUUGGCAAAUCUCCUGUGUCAUCGCUGUGUUUAUUUGGAAUUUGUUGAACAAGACGGUUUACUGGCUGUACUUAAAGUACCAAGACCAUCAGUAGCUGCUACAGCUGUCAGUGUAGUUCUCUACUAUACAGGCUACUUUGAAGAUGCUAUGGAGCGAGUUUGUCAGCUAUCUAACAAUCUGUUGGAUGAUUUAAUUAAAUAUUCCCUUUGGCUGGUGGAAUGCUCUCAUCCUUCAGCGCGUUGUUAUUCUCUCUUUUUCUUGCACUUAGUCCUUUGCUAUGGCAUAACAUACCGAAGAUUCGAAGAACACAAUGGUUUAGUAUAUCUAUAUAAUGCUAUAUGCGUUUUACCAUUAAGACUGACUGAGGAUAAUCCGGUUACUUUGAAAGAUACAACGUCAUGGCAUGUUGUUCGUGCAAGUCUAUGUGCUAUUCGUCGUUUCCUAGAAAUUAGUCUGUUGUUAUGGAUUGAUACAAUAGAUCCUAGUUUGGGAAGUUUAUUUGACGAGUCUCCAAGAGCUGUAGCUGCUGCUGGAUAUCGUCCGAUAACAUACACUACUGAACAAUUCUCUCGACUCAUGUCAUUGAUAAUUUCUCGUAUCCGUCCAGAUACUGUAUGGCAACCAAUUCAACAACUUAGAGAUUGUGGUGCUAUUGACGUGUUGUAUCGUAUUAUUGCACGCAAUGUAUAUGCUCAUAACAAUUGGCCAUGUCGCAGUGAAUGUACCCGAUUAGCCGUUGAUAUUCUCAAUCUAAUGUCCUUAACCUACGACAUAGCCGAUGAAAUUGUCUCUGCUGAUGUCUACUCCUUUCCUAGUAGUAUAGGUUCAGCAACAUUCCUCGGUCCUACUCCACUCUUUUCAUCACUUGCUGCAGGGGAUAGUUCAGAUUCAGAUUUCGGUUCAAAUGAUGUAACUGUUCACUUACCCUCUCCACUGGGAAGUAAUUCUACACAUCGUCGAGGAUUAAUUAAUCAGUUAUUACAGAUAGUUGAGCAGGUGAGUAAUGAUGGAAUUGGUGGUAGUGGACGAGACCGCAAUCGAGAAGAUGGGCGGCGAUCAGCAUUGAGAAGAACAGGAAAUCAGGGCGGUGGAGCUGCAUCUAAUUUUUCCCUACCAAAUGAAAAUGAGCAAAGAUUAAAUGCUGUUCAAUCCCCCGGUACAAAUUUCCCUACUGAAUCACUAUCUCGACCUGAAGAACGAACAAGUGAUAAUGAGGAAACUCCUGCAGAAGGUUCUUCCACCCUAGAUGAACGCAUUAAUGGCUUACAUAUGUUAUUUAGUAUUUAUCGUGAAGAUGAUAACUGGGAUGUAUCAGUUCAUAAAGCUGUCCUAGCCUUUAUAUGCACAUUAGUUUAUCGUCCAGUUGUAGAACAUGAACAUCCAGAUCAACCAAUUGCAGUAACUGGUCUCUUAUCCAACUUUACAACAAUGUCAAAUUCAAAUCAGGGAAAUAAUGCAUUAUGUUCACCGUCAGUACCACCACACCAACGAAAUCCAGGGAAUAAUACGCCUUCAAUCGGUAGUUCAUUUAAGGCUCCACAACGUACAAAUAAUUUGCGGGGUUCUGUCAACCGUAAACGACGUCAUGAUGAUACUUUAACUCCAUCGUCUCCACCUACUAUGUCAUCCAAUCUAUGUUCUCGAAUCAGUCGACCGUCUACUCCACCUUCACAAACAGGAACAUAUCUAGCGCCAUUUUCUGAAUCUUAUAUACCAUCUCCUUUUGGACGUCAAAAAACAACUCAACUUCUGUAUCGUCAAGCGAAACUAUGGAAUAUUGUGAGACGACAACACGGUAUAAUGGUAUUGCUUUAUCAUCUAGAAACUAAACAACCCAUAUCUGAGGCUGAUAGUGUUCGAACAUUAGCCUGUCGGGGAUUAGUUGGACUUGCACGCUCUGAAGAAGUUCGUAGUAUGUUAGCUAAACUCCCAUUGUUUACAAAAGCUCUUUUACAGUUGCUCAUGAAGGAACCUGUUCUGCCUGAUCGUUUGACUGAACAUGCAGAAUUCUGUCGUUAUGCUACCAUGCUUAUACGCUUGGUUGUUGGAACUCUAUCAGAUGGUGUAUUGUCCGGUGAUAUGUCAUUGGAACGUGUUCGUAGAGCGGAGAUUGUUGCUAAAACAAGGAUUCAAUGGGAUCAAGAAGAAUUAUUAGAAUUGAUAUAUCGUCAUUUACAAAGCAAAGGUUUAUAUGAAUCUGCGACAGCACUUCAACAUGAAGCCCGCCUAAAGAUCCUUCCUGCUGCACCCAGUCAACUACCUCUGUAUGAUGAUUUCAGUCGACCACCAGGUGAAACACCUCCAUAUCAACCUUGUUCUGGGGUUGUACACCUUUCUGGUCAUGCAAAUACCGGUAUCGAUUUGUGUGGUAGUAGUUACAAGCGAGAUUUCGAUGCUAAUGAUACAGUUUCAAUGAUUUCUUUCACUGACAGUAUUGGUCCUACUGGUGACAGCACUGUCAAUGCUAAUAGUGAUCCUCCACCAACUCCAAGUUUAAGGUUAACAAAAAUUCGGCAUAAUGGAACUCCUAGUCAAACACCAAAGCCUUGUCGUGACAGAUUUGAAAGGCCUGGUUUACCGAAUCUUUAUCUCAAACCAGUCUCAACUCAACCUGUCUCUGAAAUGACUUUAUCUAAGGUAGUUGAAUCAUUUCUUCUGCAUCAACACGCUCAAUGUCCUCAUCCAGUUUCAGUUUGUCCAAAAUUCUCUUUAUACCAUCCGCAUCGAUGUCCAGAACCACGGCCUAAUAAACAAACUAACUGCUGUCAACACCUAAUGUUGCGAGAAAGGUAUUAUGGUUCAAUGAAACUGAGACCAUCGACCAAGGAGCUUAGACAUUUCUUGCAUCGAAGAUUUCAACCGAUGGCAGUUAUCAGAGAAUCUGAUGAUGAUUUGUUAACAGCUUGUUGUUUUUCUCAAACAGAUGACGGGUUGUUCUUAGGUUCAAAUUCAGGAGCUAUUGCAUGGGUCAACGUGGAAGAAGAUGGUUUACCGAUAGAACUAUUCCAUGGGCAAACAUCAUCUAUUCGACGCUUGGCUCACACACGUGAUGGUGAAAGAUUGUUAGUCUGUUCUGAAUGGGGUGAACCGGCUACAGUGGUCGCCAGACUUAGACCAGCUAUAAAUACAAGCUCAAAUUCGAAUAGUCCUUGGGAAACCAUCUCGGAAGACUUUGUCUUUCAUGUUUCAGAAGCUCGUUAUGCAGAAUUCAGCAACACAGGGCAUCAAGAUCGUUUGGUAGCAACUUAUGGAAAAAUGGCUAAGGUAUUUGAUCUUACAACUGGAUCGCGUGUUGCUGACUUAUUUUCUGCAGUGAAGCAAAGCGGUUAUGUUUUAAACAAGGCGACCUUCUCUCCCUCAGAUCAUUUAGUAUUAAAUGAUGGUGUUGUAUGGGAUCUACGGUGUUCCGGUAUGCUUACAACUAAUUUCUCAGGUUCUUUGCAACAUCCUGGUACAUCAAGUAGACCUGUGCACAAAUUUGAUAAAUUCCAAGAUAUUGUGUCCGGUGUCUUCCAUCCAAACGGUCUUGAGAUUAUCAUCGGUUCUGCUGUAUGGGAUCUACGAACUUGGAGGUUGUUGCAUACAGUUCAGGCACUUGAUCGUCUUGAAGUUCAGUUUAAUGCAUCGUAUGAUGUAAUAUAUGCCGGUAUAUUUGGUUUGGAUGAUGAAGAAUACGCCGAAUUAGGAGGCAAUCGUCUAGUUAUGCAAAAUAUGUUCCGUACAGUUGACGCUAUAGAUUAUAGUUUGAUUGCUUCAGUUGAUGUCCGUCAUCGUAUUGAACAGUUAGCCUUGGAUACAGCUGGUCAGUCAUUGGCAAUAGUUGAAAAAGUUGGGGAGAAUAACAAUAAUGAACCUAUUACUCAAUGUAGAAUCUACAUGGUUGGUCGUAAACGCUUUGAACGUGAACCUGAAAAUGACGAGGAAGAAGAUCGUGGAGAUGAAGAGGAUGACGAAGAUGAUAAUGACGAUGAUGAUGACGACGAUGAUGAUGAUGUGGAUGAUGACGAUUUACUCAAUGAUGUUGAUACUGUUGAUCUUGCUGAAAUACUUGGUGAUGAGUCAUUAUUAGAUGAUGAAGUAAGCAGCGGUAGUAGUAGUAGUAAUAGCAGUAGUGAUUCAAGUUAUUGGAGUCCAUCUUCAAAUGAACGACAACGUGCUGCUAGAAGACGACGACGUGCACGUCGUCGACGUACAGAGGCUACUUCGAAUCCUGUAGAAUAUGUUACUACUGCUACUGCUACUGAUGAUGCAACAGUGGACAGUGACGCCGAAAAUAUAAAUCCUUCUGUGAAUAACAGCCCACAACUUGAGUCCAAUGAAAUUUUAGACGUUGAUGCUGAUGCUACUACUGCUGCAGAUGAUGAUUCAUCUUGGGAGACGUUGGAAGAAGAAGAAAUUACCGAAGAUGCAGAAACACAAUCAGACAGUUGA